CAGCUCUAAUAUUUAAAACAUUUUGGAAAAAUAUGGCAUUUAUAUAUCAUCUCUCCUUUGAAACACGACACUUAUCACACUUGAGGAACCUCUGUAGUGCCUGAGGGGUGAUUUAAACAAGAGAAACAGGUCACAGAGAAGUUGACUAACUUGCCCCAUAUCAUAGCUUUCAAGAUAUCAUUAUCAUUCUAUGCAUACUCUGCCCCCACAAAAUAAUUUUCUAAUUAUCAUUGAGUGACAAACUGCCAACUAGAGACAGAAUUCUAUAGGUAAAACUCAAGACUUGUCAUCAGGGGACAAAUAAUAUGUUGGGAAAUUUCACGACAUUGUAUUAUGACUUCUAUUUCUGGCCCUUUGGUUAGAACAUUUAAGGUUGUACCAUUUAUCUCUUCUGAAUUUCGUAUUAAUCUUCAAAUAAUAAUAGGCAGAUGUAUGAACACAGAUAUUCUUUUUAUAAGGGGCCCAUUCAUUCACCCAUCUUGUAUCAUGCUGGAAAGAGAAGUUAAGGCCAUUCCUUUCUAUGCAUUCGCCUUCCAUUUUUCCAGCACGGGGUGCAGAACUCGUUUCAUUUGCCCAAGGCCAAAAAGCCUGGAGACUUGGGUGAGCCAAGCAUUCAUUACCAGCCACUUGGCCCAUUUGCAGAAAUACACAAAACGUGUAGAAUCCCUUAAUUUUAUCCCCUCCUAAUCUUUUCACUUGGAAAUGGGCUGCUCGGGCGAAUGUUGUUUUUCUCUCCGGAGCCAUGUGUGAAAGAGCGAUUAACACUCGCUCGACAAACCCCUUCCCGGGCCAUUUGGGAGCUGCACCACGCGUUCACACCCGGGUCCAGCUCGUUUUGCCUUCGCGCGCAGCCUUUUUGUUUUUGCGGCGGCGAUGGGGGCCGAGAGGGGCGGGGAGGGAGCGAACCCCUCCAUGGGCGGCAGGCCUGGGGAGGCUAUAUAAGCUGCGCGGGGCCCGGGCCCGGCUGGUGAAGGAAGGGGCAGGCUUUCCCAGGAGCUGGCAGGAGCCCGCUGCGCCAUGGAGACCGCGGAGCGCGCGCACCGCUGCCGCCUGCAGCCCGCGGCCCCCGACGGCCCCUCGCGCCCCGGGAGCGCGGACUCCGGAUCCGGAGGCUUCUGGAGGCCGUGGGUGGACGCGCGAGGAAAGCAGGAGGAGGAGGAGGAGGGCGCCCCGCACCGCGCCGGGGAGGUGAUGCCCUGGAUGACCGAAGCCUUUGGAAAGCUUUCUCGAUACAGACACCCAGUCAGACUAUUUUGGCCAAAAUCAAAGUGUUAUGAUUACUUAUAUCAAGAAGCAGAAGCUCUCCUGAAAAAUUUUCCAAUUCAAGCCACAAUUUCAUUUUAUGAAGAUUCUGAUAGUGAAGAUGAAAUUGAGGAACUGAUGUGUGAAAAUUAAUCUGAUUAGUUGCUUUUGAUGAUAUAAGCAGUUGUAGGAUUUUAAUUUAGUGUGCAAAUGUAUCAUAAUUCUUUAAAUUUAUUUAUUUGUAUGUAAAUUAUUAAUAAAAUGAAUAUUUUGUAAGUACUAUAGUAGUUGGGCCUUUUUAAAAAAUCCCUACACUGUUAUUAAAUGCUGGAAUUUAAAAGUAUGUGCCAUUUGCAAAUAUCUUGAUUGUACUGUAAACAUUUGGAGCUUACAAAAGAUCAUUUUGAUCUCAAACUAGGAAGUUUAUCUUCAGUAAUAAUUUUGUAAAUAUUUAGUUAUAUUUUUGCAUAGAAUAACAAUAUUUUAAAACUAAAUCUUGUAACAUCUACUAUUUCCUAUUGAUUUCCAUUGGAUAUUAUAGUUACAGAUGAAUAUUAUUUGAUAAUGAAGAAAAUCACCUUAUGUCCCAAUUACAAUUAUUGUUAUGUAUUUGCUAGCAGAUGGUGAAUAGCAUUUUAAAUCAUUGUCUGUAAUUGAGAAUGGUAAUUAGUAUCAGGACUAUUAAAUUUUAGGCAUUUUAAAGGAAUGAUGAGUCAAGCAAUUCUCUCUUUAAUACUCUUCUGCUGUCCUUAAAUCCAAUAGUAAAAUAGCAUGGGUGUUCAAUACUUAUGGCAGUACAUUGAGGAAUACUCAAAAUUAAAAUGAUUAAAUGGGCAUUACUUAAAUGGAGUCUAAAAAGGGCAGCCGAAAGGUCAGAGUUUGAUAGUAUUUUUUCUACUUUCUGUCCAAGGGAGAAUUUGGGCAGAUAAGAAACAUUCUCCAACAAUAUCACUUUCCUUUGCUCUAGUUUUCUGCUCUGAUAUUUUCAUGAAAUUAUUUUCUUAUGGAAAGAGAAAUAAGAAAUUCUCAGUGAUUAUUGUUUUAAUGUAGAUUUAUAGAAGAAUACAAUUAUUUUAAUGUGAGAGAAAAAGAGUACUUUGCAAGGUAAAGGUAACAGAAUAAAUUAUAGAAAUGAAUGAAGUUCCUUUUAGCUCAAAUACAAUUUUUUUCACAAUAUACAUUUCAAUUGCAAAUAAAGAAUGUUUCUGCGAUAUUUCAGAAUGAUAAUUAGCAGAGGUAAAGGUCUGUGAUUGGUUAUAUAUCUAAGAAAUGCCUCUUACUUGAAUGGCUACUUAUAUCCCCUCACUUUCUUUUCUAAUUGAAGAAAAAAAAAUAACAGACAUUAAUUUACAGGCACUUUAAAAACAAGGCAAUUAAAAUAGGGCAAGUUCAAACCAUAGUUCACACUCAGGAAAAAUUAUUAAUGGAAUAAGGAUGUGGAGAGUUAUUUAGAACUAUAUUUCUUCUGAAAACUUUCUCCCUUCACUGCAUUCUGUCCUCAGGAUGUGUGUGUUCCCCAAGGAAAAUACACACCAGGUCUCCAAUCUGAAACCUUGAGGUUUAAAGACUUUUUUUUGUUUGCGUACUUGGUGUUUGUGCUUCUCAUCAAUAUGUUGGAAUAGA